AGAGCAAGUCUGGGGUUUACUGCAUUUUACCUGUUACAGUGCACUGGCGGCUAAUGAAAGUUAAUGGCACGCUCUGCCAACGUUAGCCGCCGAGGCUAAACAAUCCAAAUAGCAUCUUACGUUAGCUUGCUAGCUAAUGCUCAUGCCUGUAGCCAUACAAGCACAGUCUUGACAGUGCAACCGAUCGUUCAAACGCGGCCUCAAUGUGCGCAUCACCGUGUAUGACAAAGUCUUCAAGCCCUUGGGUGAGCAAAAUGCCCAAAUCAAAGGAAGUGCUGUCCUCCACAUCUGGAAGUGACUCUGACAGUGAAGUAGAGACCAAGGCAAAGAGAAAGAAGUCAAAUCCACCAGAGAAACCAGCCAAGAAACCAAAGAGUGGCGAGAGUUCCAAGCCAGGUGGCUCAUCCAAGGGCAGCGGCAAUGGCGAUGACAACAUGUUCCAGAUUGGAAAGAUGAGGUAUGUCAGCGUCAGGGACUUCAAAGGCAAAGUCCUGAUUGACAUCAGAGAGUACUGGAUGAACCAAGAUGGGGAGAUGAAGCCGGGGAAAAAAGGUAUCUCCCUGAAUCCCGAACAGUGGAACCAACUGAAGGACCAGAUUUCAGAAAUUGAUGACGCCAUGAAGAGAAUAUAAGCAUUCCUUUUGAUGUGAUCUGUUGAACUUAUUCCUUAAGUUAGUUGGCUGAUCAGUUUUGUAAAAAGCCUGGAUUUGUUUUCUAAUGGACUUGUUUAGUUUGUAGUUGUAUAGACCUAGAGUCGUCUGCAUACUCUGGUUUUCAGUGUGAAACUUGUUCUUGAGCUGUUAAAGGAAAGGGAUGGGUGGACGAGUAUGGGGGUGGGUGGAGCGUAUCAAUACCGUGAUGUUUUUUAUUGAAUAAUAAAAAUGAGGCACUAGCUUAAUAUUGUUGUUCACUGUGUAAGUCCAUGGUCACAGUUUGACUAUCAUGAAUUUUAGGACUCAGUUUGAUCUGACCUUUGUAAUAUGUAGCACCCAAUAUCAGUGCUCUUCAUUUCAGAAAGCCGAUCCAGUCUGUCAUGUUGUACCUGCAGGGGAUGUGACCCAUGGUGACCCAUGGGUUAGGUUUUGAAAUUAAAUGAUACUAUCAAACAAA